AGGAGUCAGAGGGGCUGGUCCAGACGUUGCCGCUAAGAGGAGACCGAGAGGCGGGGGCUGCAAGUGCACUUGACAACCAACAUGCGGAGAUGUCAGAAGAGGCAGAAGUGGAUGUGAGAGAAAGAGACACACAGAGAGACAGAGAGCAAAACAGGGCAAGAGACUUGGCUUUAAACGACUCCUGCAUUGACAACUCCAUGCAGUUCGGAACCAGAGCAGCAACAACUGAACCUGGGUUCAUGGGGACAUGGCAAAACGCUGACACUAACCUCUUGUUCAGAAUGUCCCAACAGGCCAUCCGUUGUACACUGGUAAAUUGCACGUGUGAAUGUUUCCAGCCUGGGAAGAUUAACCUGAGGACCUGCGAUCAGUGUAAACAUGGAUGGGUGGCACAUGCCUUGGACAAGCUCAGCACACAACACCUAUAUCACCCGACUCAAGUGGAGAUUGUUCAGUCCAACGUAGUGUUUGAUAUCAGCAGCCUGAUGCUUUAUGGGACCCAGGCAGUACCUGUGAGGCUGAAGAUAUUGCUGGACCGACUCUUCAGUGUGCUUAAGCAGGAGGAGGUAUUGCAUAUUCUCCAUGGCUUAGGCUGGACACUACGGGACUACGUCCGGGGAUACAUCCUUCAGGACGCUGCUGGCAAGGUGCUAGACCGCUGGGCCAUCAUGUCCCGAGAAGAAGAGAUCAUUACCCUUCAGCAGUUUCUGCGGUUUGGAGAAACCAAAUCCAUCGUCGAGCUGAUGGCGAUUCAGGAGAAAGAAGGGCAGGCUGUUGCUGUACCAUCUUCAAAGACAGAUUCAGAUAUAAGGACUUUUAUUGAAAGCAAUAAUCGCACCAGGAGUCCAAGUCUCCUUGCUCACCUGGAAAACAGCAAUCCUUCCAGCAUCCAUCACUUCGAAAACAUCCCUAACAGCCUUGCAUUCUUGCUUCCAUUCCAGUACAUAAAUCCAGUCUCUGCCCCACUCCUGGGAUUACCCCCAAAUGGUUUGCUGCUGGAGCAGCCAGGACUGAGGCUUCGGGAGCCUAGCCUUUCAACCCAGAAUGAAUAUAAUGAAAGCAGUGAGUCAGAAGUUUCUCCUACACCUUAUAAGAAUGAGCAAACACCCAACAGAAAUGCUCUGACUAGCAUCACCAACGUGGAGCCCAAAACAGAGCCAGCCUGUGUGUCCCCCAUUCAGACUUCUGCCCCAAUCAGCGAUUUAGUCAAACCUGAACACACGAAAAGUUCCUUCCGGAUUCACCGAAUGAGAAGGAUGGGUUCAGCCUCUAGGAAAGGGAGAGUGUUUUGUAAUGCAUGUGGAAAAACUUUCUAUGAUAAAGGUACUCUCAAAAUUCAUUAUAAUGCAGUUCACCUGAAGAUCAAACACCGAUGUACCAUUGAAGGCUGUAAUAUGGUCUUCAGCUCCCUACGAAGUCGCAACCGCCACAGUGCAAACCCCAAUCCCCGCCUUCACAUGCCUAUGCUAAGGAAUAACCGAGACAAAGAUUUAAUCCGGGCUACAUCAGGAGCUGCCACACCUGUCAUAGCAAGUACUAAAUCAAAUCUCACUCUCACGAGCCCUGGCCGGCCCCCAAUGGGUUUUACCACUCCCCCACUUGACCCUGUCUUACAGAAUCCUCUCCCUAGCCAACUGGUGUUUUCUGGGUUAAAGACUGUGCAGCCUGUUCCUCCAUUUUAUAGAAGCUUGCUCACCCCUGGAGAAAUGGUGAGUCCUCCAACCUCACUCCCCACCAGCCCCAUCAUACCAGCUAGCAGUGCUAUGGAACAACAUCCCCCACCUCCUUCUGAGCCAGCAGUCUCAGUGACGGUGAUGGCUAGUCAUGAAGCCAGCGCUGACUUGGCCCCCAAGAAGAAACCUCGAAAGUCAAGCAUGCCUGUUAAGAUUGAAAAGGAAAUCAUCGAUACUGCUGAUGAGUUUGAUGAUGAAGAUGAUGAGCCCAAUGAUGGCGGAGCUGUGGUCAAUGACAUGAGCCAUGACAAUCAUUGCCAUUCCCAUGAUGAGAUGAGUCCAGGGUUGUCUGUGAAAGAUUUUUCCAAGCACAGUCGAAGCCAGUGUAUCUCCAGGACGGAAAUUAGGAGAGCAGACAGUAUGACUUCAGAAGACCAAGAACAUGAGAGGGACUAUGAAAACGAGUCUGAGUCUUCUGAGCCAAAGUUGUGCGAGGAAUCCAUGGAAGCUGAUGACCGCAUGCACAGUGAAGGGAAUGAAAAAGCCAUGAUGAAUAACGAAAGACCCGACGAAAAUCACAAUGAGCCCUCUCACCAGGAUGUCAUUAAGGUGAAGGAAGAGUUUACCGAUCCCACAUACGACAUGUUUUACAUGAGCCAGUACGGACUGUAUAACGGAGGCAGCGCAAGUAUGGCUGCCCUUCAUGACAGUUUCACGUCAUCUUUGAACUAUGGCAGUCCUCAGAAGUUCUCCCCAGAAGGUGACUUGUGUUCUAGCCCAGACCCCAAGAUAUGUUAUGUGUGCAAGAAGAGUUUCAAAAGCUCCUACAGCGUGAAGCUACACUACAGGAAUGUUCAUUUAAAAGAGAUGCAUGUCUGCACAGUGGCCGGCUGUAAUGCUGCCUUCCCCUCACGGCGAAGCAGAGACAGAAACAGAAAUUUACGGAUGGAAAGAACCAUAGGUCCAGGACAUCGGGACACCCUGCAUCUCCGUAGACACAGUGCCAACAUAAACUUGCACCGAAAACUGUUGACCAAAGAACUGGAUGACAUGGGCCUAGACUCAUCUCAGCCCUCCCUUAGCAAGGACCUCCGUGAUGAAUUUUUGGUGAAGAUCUAUGGUUCACAGCACCAAAUGGGGCUUGACAUAAGGGAAGAUGCCUCCUCCCCAGCAGGCACUGAAGAUUCCCACCUGAAUGGCUAUGGGAGAGGUAUGGCUGAAGACUAUGUGGUCCUAGACCUGAGUACCACCUCCAGUAUCCAGUCCAGCAGCAGCAUCCAUUCCUCCAGAGAAUCCGAUGCCGGGAGCGAUGAAGGGAUUCUCCUCGAUGACAUUGACGGGGCGAGUGACAGUGGGGAGUCUGCACACAAGGCUGAAGCCCUUGCCCUCCCUGUAGGCAUUGGGGCUGAAGUUCCCGGAUCCCUCAUGUUCAACAGUGUGUCUGUGAGCAAUGGUGGAAUAAUGUGCAACAUUUGUCACAAAAUGUACAGCAACAAGGGGACCCUGAGAGUGCACUACAAAACAGUGCAUUUGAGAGAAAUGCAUAAGUGCAAAGUCCCAGGUUGCAAUAUGAUGUUUUCCUCUGUGCGCAGCCGAAAUCGGCAUAGUCAGAACCCGAAUCUCCAUAAAAACAUUCCCUUCACUUCAGUAGAUUAG